AAAAGGCGGUUCGGUAAAUUCCGACGAACCCACUCUCUCGCUGUGUUUACGUAUAUAUAUCCCGUUUCCCGUUAUCGCUAUGUAUAUGUAUGUAUGUAUGUAGUAAGUACGUCGAAGAUCGCCGAGUUCGAUAUGUAUAUAUGUGUGCUUGUGUGUGUGUUUGUCGCAUUUAUCACUGAUCGCCGGUAGUUAGUCGCGCUUUAUUGCGGUUAAAUAUCAACUUUCUAACAUAAAACGGAAUCCAAUACCGAUUAUGGCACAAGUACGCUACACUCGUAAUUUAUUCCUGCGUGGAAUCUGCAUUAUAUAUCUGUUCGCAUUCCUCAGCUUUUACAUACAGAUUCCGGGAUUGUAUGGCGAUAAUGGAAUCUUACCAGCCAGAACGCAGCUGGAUCUGAAAACACGUGCAACACUAUUUAAUAAACUGAAGCAGAAACCGACAUUCUUAUGGUUUGCACCGUAUCUAGGUUUAAACGUAGAGUACAUGCUGGAUGUAUUAUCUCUUUUUGGAAUUAUUCUCUCCUUUGCAGGAUUUGUCUCGCAAAAAUUUUGUAUUGCGCCAAUAUUUGCAGGACUAUGGACCUUAUAUUAUUCUUUGUAUCAGAUUGGUCAAACAUUUAUGUGGUUUCAAUGGGAUAUUUUAUUAUUGGAGGUCGGAUUUCUAUGUAUACUUGUAGCACCAUUUUGGUAUUCUCAUCGUGGAAAACCAAGCACUCCGAGCGAUGCUGUGACAUUCUGGACUGUGCGUUGGUUACUUUUCCGUUUGAUGUUUGCUAGUGGAGUAGUAAAACUUACCUCAGAAUGUCCAUUAUGGUGGAAAUUAGAUGCUCUAAAUGUCCACUUUGAAUCUCAAUGUAUACCUACUCCUCUGGCAUGGUAUGUACAUCACUUGCCAACAUGGUUUCUUCGAUUAAGCACUGUUCUUACAAACAUUAUUGAGCUUGCCAUACCGCUCUUAUUUUUUGUCCUGAAUAGAAAAGUGAGAAUAAUAGCAUUUUAUUUACAGGUAUUGUUGCAAGUCUGUAUAAUUGCCACUGGAAACUACAAUUUCUUCAACUUCCUAACGAUUUGUUUAUGCAUAUCCUUACUGGACGAUCAAUUUUUUUACAAACGAAAAUCUAAGAAUGAUAAGUCAAGUAUUAUAAAUUAUCUCUCGACAUUAAUAAGCGUAUUGGUUUAUGGAGGAGUUAUAUAUGGAACAUAUAUUUAUUAUAAUCUUAGGAUAACAGACAAUUGGACCAUUCAAUCUGAUAUUGCAUUUACAAAAGAACAAUUUGAUUAUGUUCUUUCUCGCGUAGUAUCGUUUUCUAUAUGCGUCGGUAUAGCAUCUCUCGGAUUAACGGCAGUGGACUCUGUAGCUAAUUCUGCUAUGACUACAAAAGGGACGCGUAAUAAAAUUACAACAACAAUAGUUACAAUUUUCUACACCAUAGCAGUGUGUUUGAUUUUUGCUAUAAGCCUUGUACCAUAUUCCACUUUGCAUACUUCUACAAUUUUAUCGAAAAAUUCGACGAUAUCUGUUCAAUUGAAACAGAUGCAUGCAAAGGUGGAUCAUCUUCAUUUAGUGAACAGCUAUGGGUUAUUUCGUCGUAUGACAGGAGUCGAAGGUAGACCAGAAGUUAUAAUAGAAGGGAGUGACAGUAUUGAUGGACCUUGGAAGGAAUAUGAAUUUUUAUAUAAGCCAGGAAACGUUAACAACUCGUUGCCAUUUGUUGCACCUCAUCAACCUCGUCUCGAUUGGCAAAUGUGGUUUGCUGCAUUAGGUACAUAUAAACAGAAUCCAUGGUUAAUGUCGCUAACUUAUCGUUUAUUGACUGGGCAGCCUGAGGUACUGGCUUUAAUAAAUACCGUCGAAAGUCCAUUCCGAGAUAGACCGCCGAAAUAUAUCAGAGCUAGUCUCUAUUAUUAUCAUUAUACACCAUGGAGCCAAACAACAAAUACUAAUGCUUGGUGGAUCAGAGAGAAAGAGGGGGAAUAUUUUCCGAUAUUUAGCCGGGAUCAUCCACCAUUUAUCGACUAUGUGAAAAAAAUGAAGGUUAUUCAAGACAAGCCUGAUUUUAAAAUCGUAAAUGAACCAUUUAAAUUUAUUCUGGACAAUUUGAGAUCUUUAGUCGGUAAGAUAGAAGCGAGUUUAUUUUUAUGGGGUGUCUUUACAAGUGGAUGUACAGUUAUUGUAACAAGUUAUAGUAGUUCGGUGUCAAAAAAGAAAUAAAUAUUGAAAGAUAAUCCUUAUAAAACUUGAGACAUUACAAAAAUUAAGAGAUACCGGUAUUAAAAUGAAGCAUGCAAAUUGUAAAAUAUAUAUAUAUAUAUAUAUGUACUAACUAAAUGAAGAUUAUGUACUUGCAUAUAGCAUAGCUUACACACACAGGUACUUUUUGCAUGUAAAAUAUACAUUUACAUUUCUUCUUUCUAUAUAUUAGAUCUCUGUCAGACAAUAUUAAUCAUUAUCGUGUAUAAUAAUGUAUCAUGUACGAUGACGCGUAUGAUGCGCAUUUUCAAUAAAUCUUCGCUCUAAAAUAUCUUAAUAUAUAAAUAUAUUAAUAGAGGAAAAAAAACGCAUAUUGUUUCAUAUAAAUUAACAUUUUUGACAUCUAACGGACGAUAUGUUCAAAGUGUAUUUUAUCGUGUCUCUUGUUUAUACUUGUCUAAAAUAAUCUAUUUUAUUAUUUCGUGUGCUUAAGUUGGUGAUUAUAAACAAUAUGUAAUACUCGAAGUUGUAUAAGUGUUAUUAUAUAUAGCAUCGCUUAUUAUUAAUUUUGCUAGUUUUAAAAACGGUAAUAUAAUAGCAUUUAUAAUAAAA